UUUGUCUGUAUGGCGGUGAUUAUCCGAUGCGCUGCAACAACAUCUUACAUUUUCAGCAGCCCGGUGAGGAGGUUGCUUGCAGCUGAUAGUCGUUGGUUCCAGUCUUUGAGAGGACGAGCACCAGCCAACAGCAAACGCUACAGUUUAUCAGUUUCACACUCGGUCACUGGGUCCAUGAUGAGUAAAAAGCUGCUGGUGGAUGUAGACUGUGGGGUAGACGAUGCUCAGGCCAUCAUGUUGGCGCUGGCCGCACCCGGCGUAGAGCUCUUGGGUAUCACCUGUGUGCAUGGAAACACCACAGUGGAGAAUGUGUGUAAGAACACACUGCGCGUGCUACAAGCCUGCAAUAAACUGGAGAUUCCAGUGUUUAAAGGUGCUGCUAAGCCAAUCCUCGGGAACAGCAUUAGUGCGGGGCACUUUCACGGGCAAGAUGGGCUGGGAGACGCUCCGGACCCAAAUGCUCCCAGUCUGGACCUGGUUCAGAAGGAGGAUGCUGUGUCAGCUAUGAUCAGGAUUGUCAAUGAAAACCAAGGAGAGGUAUCUCUGGUUGCCACGGCACCGCUCACCAACCUAGCCCUAGCUGUGAGGAUGGAUCCAUCUCUACCGAGCAAACUCAGAGGGCUCUACAUCAUGGGAGGCAACACUGAAUCUCGAGGAAACACCACAGUGUGCGCUGAGUUCAAUUUUGCUGCUGAUCCAGAAGCUGCUUACAUUGUACUGAACGACUACCAGUGUCCCACCUAUUUGGCUUGCUGGGAGUUCACCUGCUACAGUAAGCUGUCCUGGGAGUUUUGCGACGCCUGGUUGGCGCAGGACACCGACAAAGCUCGCUUCAUGGCACGCAUCUUCCGCCACAGCAUCGAGGCAUCGCAGAGCGAGCGCCUCCAGAAGGAGUUUGUUGCCGGCACGGGGCUCGUUUCCUGCGACUCAUACGCCAUGGCGGCCGCCGUGGACGACUCGUUCAUCGUAGAAAGCGACCAAUAUCCAGUUAGCGUGGAGCUGACAGGCACGCACACCAGAGGCAUGAUGAUAGUAGAUACUGUGGGCUUCCUGAAGAAGACUCACAAGGCUUUCAUCAUAAAGAAGGUGGAUAUGGGGAAGUUCGAGCAGAUGAUGAUGGCUGCUUUGAAAUAACGGCUCUGAGUGGAUGAAGGAGACGGAAGUGACCGCCACAUCUCUUCUUCUAUCCACAUUUUGGCCCAGUCUGAAGGGUUUUUUAAUGGAAUUGUAUGUCUGACGAAAGCAGUUGUCUGACAUUUUGUUAUUUUUCUCAGCUAUAUGUAUUUUUAGUAAUUAACUAACAUACUGUAUAUGACAAAUUGACUGCUGUAAAACUGCAUAACUGGUUGCAAAUUGAUACUUUGCACUGUCUAAAGCUAUUUAU